CUCAGCCCCACCUGGAGAGUGGCCCUGCUCAGUGACGGGUCCGUCACUCGCCACCUUCAAAUCAUGACCGGCGAGACUGUGGACACGGACUGCCUCGACCAAGCGAACAUCGGAUGGGACCUCGGUGGCCUGCCGGAGAACGUAGCCGUCAUCAAAGGGCCACGAACUCAGCGAGAGGUGUGCGUCAAGGGCACAGCGCUGGUCUGCGCCACCAGCUGGUGGAACACUGCUGAGAUCUCUGCCUACCUGGGCCAGACACAGAAGCCAAUCUGGGUCAAUCUUUCACAGAACCGCACUGAGCUCUACAGGGAGAUCACCAACGUCUACUGUGGGCACUCCAAGGACCUUGAAAGGCGAUUUGGCCACAAGGGACCAUUCUGGGGCAGGGAAUACAUCUUCUGGCACAAAGGACAGCCCUUGACUCUCAUCCACGAGAUCUUCUCUCCAGCUCUCGAGGAAUACUUGGGUCCG